UGCACGUUCGGACUUUGGAGGUCUCUCUCCAUCCAUCCCAUGAUUCUGACAAUAGACUUUGUUCGUCAACAAUCCGAACUCCAGCCUGCAUCACUUUCGCAUAAAGACCACGACCUGAGCUGGCACGAACACGAAUCUUCAGCAACGCCUUUCCCCCGCAAACACAGGUGGUGAGCCGCAUAAACUUUGAACCCUUCGACUGCAAUGAGCAACGGUACCUUGGAGAAUCGCCCGAAAAAGGAUCAACUUGACCCUCCCGCACCAAGCAAAGCGGCUGCGCGAAAGAAAGCCCGACCCACCUAUUCAUGCUUAAAUUGCCAUAAACGCAAAGUCAAGUGCGAUCGUGUCAAACCAUGCGGUGCAUGCUGUUUACGGGGCACACCCUCGGAAUGUGAUUAUGGCACCAGCAAGCGAGACCGCCAGUAUAUUCAACAAGCCACUCUUAUUGACAACUUGCUACGCUCUUGUGAGAGCUUGAAGCAGCAGCUGGCGGAGGCUCGUCAGCUGGCCAACAACCCCGCUUUGAAAGCUGAGGAAGGGCCUCUAUCAAGGAGGAGACCACUUCAUACAGAUCGAAAGCUGAACGACUGGGACGAUGAAGAUGCACUUGAGGAUUCAGAUCUGUCUGUGGAAGACUCUGAGAAACUAUCUUUAAUCCCUCGCGAUGCUAUCGUCUUGGGCGAGGAUCACGAAGGCCAGAGUUGUCAGCGAAUUCACGGGUCUUCUCUAUUUCUGAAAGAAAAGCAUGCUCUAACAGACCCCAUGGCAGCUGGUGUUGCAAUAGAGUUCUUCAUCGAACGUUUGAUUGAUAACUUCAGUCCGGUCAAUGUCAGCGGCACCAUUGCACUACGUGAGGCCAAAGAGAUGCGAAUACUGUCUCCAAUCCUCUACAAGGCUUUCGAAGCAGCAUCACUCACAUUUGCCGGGAGACAGUAUCAUAACAAGGCUCUUGAGGUGGCAGGCAAUUCCAAAUAUAUCAAAGUACUUCAUCUUCUCCAGACGGCGUUGAAUGAACCCCAGGGGAAUCAAUCGACCGAGCUCCUGCUCGUAGUCUUACUGUCUACCAUCAUUGAAGCUUUCAGACAAACGUCGGUCACUUCCAUUUUUCGACACCAGCUGGGUGGCUUGGCGCUACUGCGGGCACGAACCCCUUAUCGCCACCGGCAUGGAGUCGAGCGAUCUCUGUUUGUUGAUCUGCGACUAUACUGGGUUACUGCCGCGUUGGUGCAUCGCAAGCCGACAUUCUUGUCUUCAGAAGAAUGGCUGACAGUGCCCUGGUCAUGCGACGGACCGCCAAAAGACAUCCUUCAACAUCUCCUCGACGUUGCCGUUCAUACUCCAGGCUACCUCUCGCAGAUCGACGAUCUCCAAGCGGCGCUGAGAAAUCCGGCCGUCUCGCCAUCCGAGUUAGUCACAAUGCAGUCCGCAAUCUGGGUCCGUGCCCAUGAACUGCAAAGCAUGCUCCAGACAUGGAAGCGGACCUACGCCGACACAUACGCCGGCGGCGGACCACGCGAGGAGUGCGGUCUUGAUGUCCAUCCCAACACACGGAAGAGCGAGGCCGACGGUCGCGGGGCGGACGUCUUUCCCGUCUUCCGGUGUCGCGAUCCCAGCACGAUGCAAAUCACCGUAGCCACCAACCUGGUCUACCCGGAUCUGUUACUCGCCACGUCCAUGUGCUACUACUGGGCGCUCAACCUCGUCAUCACCGCCACCCACACCGGGCUGGUCGACGUGCUCGGCCUGCAGGAGCGCUACGAGUUCGCCUGCAACAUCUGCCGCAGCAUGAAGUACUACACCCAGAUGGUCCCCGGGUGCUUGGUCUCGCGCGUCAUGUUCGUGCUCCGCACCGCCUUCGACAACUUCCCCGACGGCAUGGUCGAGAAGCAGUCGAUGGCGGAGCUGUUCGCGUACAUCGGGCGCCGCUUUGCGUUCCCAGUCUUCUCGAAUCAGUGUCCCUCUUCGUCGGUGCGGACGGAAGGGGGGUGAAAUAAUCCCACCGAGGUGGACGAAAUUGUCCCCUCCCCUUACGAUCUUCUUUAUUUCAGUA